AUGAUCGCAGCCUCGGCCCCAUCCGACAUUGCCACCUGUUGGGCUAUUCCAGAGCAUAUGAACUCCGUAUUAUCGAAGAUCCGACUCUUCUUCAUUGGCGAGGGCAACCCUAGUAUUGAGGCUAUCAGGGAUUACUAUGGCGACAAAGUGGCAUUGUACUUCGCCUUCCUGUAG